AUCACAUUGUGUACAUGCGUACGUUCAUACCUUCAUACACAAUGUCGGGGAAUGAACACUUUUUUGAAGGAGCUGAAAAACUUCUAGAAAUUUGGUUUGAAGAAACUUCUGAUAACAGAAAUGAUCUGCGAAACAUUGCCCGAUGUGAUUGGGAGAAUGUGCUGAGCCAUGUAAAUUGCGAAAUAAUAAGUUUUUCAAAAAACGAUUUAAUUGAUGCUUUUGUGUUGAGCGAGAGUAGCAUGUUUGUAUCAAAACGAAGAUGGAUACUGAAAACUUGUGGGACAACAACUCCACUUAAAUGCUUAAGUGAAUUGAUAAGGCUGGCCAGCUUUAAUGGAUACAACAUAAUUACAGACCUCUUCUAUUCACGAAAGAACUUUAUUCGACCGGAUGCUCAGGUGGCACCACAUAAAGGAUUUACAGAGGAAGUUUCGUAUCUUGACACGCUUUUUCCAAAUGGAAGAUCAUAUUGUUUAGGUUCUAUGAACCUUGAAUGUUGGUAUCUUUACACCUUUAGUCGUUCCGAUAUGAAAUUAACAGGACCGGGACACAUAACGGAUGAGUUUCUCGAUGCUGAUCCUGAUCAGACUAUUGAAAUUCUUAUGCAGAAUCUUGAUGUAAACGCUAUGUCGGUCUUUAAUAAAAAGAACACAACAAGCGCAUCGGAAGCGACCUCGAUUUCUGGAAUUGAUAAGAUCUUGCCAAGUAUGCAUAUUGACGAUUUUUUGUUCGAUCCAUGCGGCUACUCCAUGAAUGGAAUAAAUGAAAAGGGAGAAUAUAUGACGAUUCACAUCACACCAGAGAAUUUAUUUUCUUAUGUUAGCUUUGAAACUAACGUGGCAAUGACAAACUACAGGAACCUUAUAAAUCAAGUUAUCAAUACAUUCAAGCCUGGAAAGUUUAUCGUUACAAUUUUUGCAAACAAGUGCUCUUUGGCGUAUGAGACUAUGAAGGAGUUGGAAGUUGAAUAUUCUAAAGAGUCGCAUUGGAAACGAACGGACAUGCAAUGCUGUAAUUUCCCGUCAUACAAUCUACUUUUUGCACAAUAUUCUUACAAUGGGAAAAAUAAUUGUAAAUGAAAUUGUAGUAUGUGAAUCAAU